UUUGUUUUUUUUUGUUUUUUUUUUUUUUUUUUUCCGACCCCUACUUUAGGAGACUUUCUUGUCCUUCGGGAGUCAAUUGGCAUAAGUGGCAACUUAUCCCGUCGCGCCGUGGAAUUCGGGUCUUUAUAAAAAAGUACACCUGCAGACUCGAACUCAUUAUCCAUCGCUCAUAAUCUCUGCGUGUUAUAUAAGAUCGCGUUAUGCGAAGCGAUGCGAUGAAACUCGUUCUCUUCCAAAGACCUUCUGGAAAUGGACGCUCGGGCCUGCCUCCAAACAAUGACGAAAUAUGGCUCGAAGCUCCACCGCGUAACAUGUAAUCAUCAGAGCAGAGUAAACCGCGCUCGCCCAGGGGGUCAGUUCCUGUCAACCAUCAACUAUCCAGAUAUCGGCCACACAAGGUUCCAACCGCUGUUUGCAUUGUCUUUUGCGCUUAGUAUCUGCUUUAUUGUGAAUCUCUUUCAUUUGAAGCUCUUUCUGGCCCACCAUGUUCGCAGCUAAGCGUCUUACCACCACCCUUCCUCGCGUCCAUGCUCAGCGGGCAUUGUUCCAUAACACCCGGCCGGCCUUCGUCAAGGUUGGAGACGCGCUCCCUGACCUUGACGUCCUGGUCGAGGGCUCGCCCGGUAACAAGGUCAACCUGGCCAAGGAACUCAAGGGAAAGGGUGUGAUUGUUGGCACCCCUGCAGCUUUCAGCCCCGCCUGCUCGGCUACGCACGUCCCUGGCUACAUCAACCACCCCAAGCUCAAGGAUGCCGGAAAGGUGUUUGUUGUCUCAGUGAAUGAUCCUUUCGUUACUAAGGCCUGGGGAACGUCCCUCGACCCGACUGGCAAGAGCGGCAUUCGAUUCCUUGGUGACCCUACCGGCAAGUUCACUGAGGCUCUCGACCUUACCUUUGACAGUGCCUCGAUUUUCGGAAACGCCCGCAGCAAGCGCUACGCGCUGAAGAUCGAGGACGGAAAGGUGAAGGAGGCCUUUGUUGAACCUGACAACACCGGUGUCAAUGUUUCCACCGCGGAGAAGGUCCUGGGCUAAGCAUUGACGUAUAUCACGAUGUUCAUGUGCAGGACAUGUAGCACACGCAAUAUAUCCCAUUGUGCUUUAGCAUUUUAUAUCCAAUAGAUUUGAUUGAUCGAAGCCGGAAGU